UUUGUGUUGCCGCUCCUGGUUGUUAGGAGAAGGAAUGUGGAAGUCAGCAGAGUGGAGGGUGACAGGCUGCUCGAGCGAACUGCAGCGACGGCAGCAGCGAUUCUCCCUGGCCGAUCCUUCGCCUUUUGCUUUCUCUUUGCAGAGGGAUCGCGCGCGUUGGAUCGCGAUUUUAUUUUUGUAACAUUUUGCUAUAACGCUGCUGCUGCUGCUUCUAAAGUGAAACGAGCUAGAGACGGCUCCAGAAGCGAGGACCAUGCAGCGGCGCUGCGUUUUCCUCCCGUGCAUGUCGAUCUGGAUUUUCUCGCGUUUCCACUGAGCCAUUCUUACAAAUCCUUCCUGGAAGCUGCCGCUUGUUGUUGCUGUUCCUGCGUCCUCUUCCUCCCUUCGCCUGCGUGACCUCUCGCGCUGCCUUCUUUUUCUUCUUCUUUUUUUCUUUUUGCCGAUGCUUUUUUAAAUGACUUGAGUGAAAGGGGGGUGGGGGGAAACUGUCAAGAUGGCAGCAGCAGCAGCAGCAGGAGCGAGGAGGUUAUGAAUGUGGUAGUGUUGAUGCUGGAACAAAACCUUGGCAGCCCUGCGGAGGACUUGGGGCUUCUGAACCUGUUGGAAGAUCGGCGAUUGGACUUGCUUGGAUUCUGAGCUCCUCUGGUUUUCUCUCCCACAUAGAACAGGAAUAUAUAUAUAAUAUUUUAAGGCAACAGCAACCUGAAUUUCCUCCUCUUCUUAAAAAAGAUUUGUUUUUCUCUCUCCCUCUUUUGGGGGAAAGGGAGUAUUUCUUUCCUUUUUGCCGGGGAGAGGAGUUGACCUCCCCAAAUGUACCAGGCGUGAUCGGAUGCGUUUUCAGACUUUUGAGUGUUGUGAAGUCAGCGGGAGGGGAGAGUCUUAAAAGCGUGAAGAAAACGUCCGCCAAAGCAACAAGCAAGAGACUCGUGGCUUUUUUUUUCUUUAGGCGGGGGCAGCAGGAAGGGGGGUCUCUUUAAUGGAUACAGCGCGAUGCUAUUGGAGGAAUCCUGCACGGAGUGAAAGAUAAACAAACACACGGGCGCACUGCCGCGAAGAUUGGCUUCCAACUCUGCGGCGCUGGGGGCUUCUUCCCGAAUCGGUCGUCCUCGCGAUCCAAAGGAAGGGAUCGCGCACCUGGCGCCCACCGGAUUGUUUAUCGAUCUCCUUGUGAUUCUUUUUUUGGGGAGGGGCGAGGGCGGAGAGGUGGCGGGGUGAAAAGGAGGCGGCCGGACCUUUAAUGGAGAGUGGCAUGUUCGCUCAGCCUCGCUGAUCGCUGCUAGGAGGUGCGAGGAGAGGAGGAGGGACCGGGCAGUGGAUCGGGCUGACAUCCCCCACCCCCAGGAAGGCAGAUCAGCAUCAAGAGUGGGGGAGAGGCCAAGAUGGCAGAGGCGUCUCCCCCCGCCCCGCUGUCCCCGCUGGAUGUGGAACUGGACCCCGAGUUCGAGCCCCAGAGCCGCCCUCGCUCCUGUACGUGGCCCCUGCAGAGGCCUGAGCUGCAGGCGAGCCCGGCCAAGCCCGCAGGGGAAGCGGCGGCUGACGACGCCUCCAUGAUCCCGGAGGAGGACGACGACGCCGACGACGAGGAGCAAGGGGGCAGCUCGGCCAUGACCAUCGCCGUCUCUGGUGGCGGCGCCGGCGGCGAGUCUCUAGCCCCGGAGGACACGGCUCGCCUGCUGGCUCCUUUCUCCGGGCUGCCUGGCGAAGGAUGCGGCCAGGGCGCCAACGCGCUGAGCGGCGGGCAGCAGCAGCAGCAGCCAGGGGCGGCGGCGCCCCGAAAAUGUUCGUCGCGGAGAAACGCGUGGGGCAACUUGUCCUACGCGGACCUGAUCACCCGAGCCAUCGAGAGCUCCCCGGAGAAGCGCCUCACCCUGUCCCAGAUCUACGAGUGGAUGGUGCGCUGCGUGCCCUACUUCAAGGAUAAGGGCGACAGCAACAGCUCGGCCGGCUGGAAGAACUCGAUCAGGCACAACUUAUCCCUCCAUAGUCGUUUUAUCAGGGUACAGAAUGAAGGAACUGGAAAAAGCUCGUGGUGGAUGAUCAACCCAGAUGGUGGGAAAGGUGGGAAAGCACCACGGAGACGUGCGGUUUCGAUGGACAACAGCAACAAGUACACAAAGAGCCGGGGAAGAGCAGCUAAGAAGAAAGCAGCCCUACAAGCUGCGCAGGAGACGACUGAAGACAGCCCCUCCCAGAUUUCCAAGUGGCCAGGUAGCCCAACCUCCCGCAGCAGCGAUGAGCUGGACGCAUGGACAGAUUUCCGGUCCCGGACAAACUCAAAUGCCAGUACGAUAAGUGGCCGCUUGUCACCCAUCUUGGCAAGUACUGAGCUGGAUGAGGUCCAAGAUGAUGACGCUCCACUUUCCCCCAUGCUGUACAGUAGUCCACCCAGUAUGUCCCCAUCAGUAGCCAAGCCCUGUAAUGUCGAGCUGCCGAGGUUGACUGAUAUGGCAGGCACCAUGAACUUGAACGAUGGCCUGACAGAUAACCUUAUGGAUGACCUUCUGGACAAUAUAACUCUUCCCUCUUCCCAGCAGUCACCCACAGGGGGACUCAUGCAAAGAAGCUCGAGUUUUCCAUAUGGCUCCAAAGGUUCAGGUCUUGGUUCUCCCUCGAGCACUUUCAAUAAUGCUGUGUUUGGACCAUCCUCUUUGAAUUCCCUCCGCCAGUCUCCCAUGCAAACCAUCCAAGAGAACAAGCAAGCUACAUUUUCUUCCAUUUCGCACUACAAUAACCAAACGCUGCAGGAUCUACUGGCGUCAGAUUCACAUAGCCACAGUGACGUCAUGAUGACUCAAUCCGAUCCGCUCAUGUCGCAGGCUAGCACAGCCGUGUCUGCCCAAAAUGUACGCAGGAAUAUUAUGCUCCGGAACGAUCCAAUGAUGUCAUUUGCUGCUCAACCAAGCCAGGGCAGUUUGGUCAACCAGAAUCUGCUUCACCACCAGCAUCAGUCCCAGAAUUCCUCUCUCAGUGGCAGUCGUGCCUUGUCGAAUUCCGUCGGUACUAUGGGCUUAAGUGACACAAACAGCAUUGGAUCGGCAAAACACCAGCAACCGUCACCUGCCAACCAGUCUAUGCAAUCACUUUCUGACUCACUUUCAGGCUCUUCUUUGUAUUCCAACAGUGUGAGCCUUCCAGUCAUGGGGCAUGAUAAAUUCCCCAGUGAUUUGGAUCUGGAUAUUUUCAAUGGGAGCUUGGAGUGCGACAUGGAGUCCAUUAUCCGCAGCGAACUCAUGGAUGCAGACGGGUUGGAUUUUAACUUUGAUUCCCUCAUCUCAGCCCAGAAUGUUGUCACUCUGAAUGUGGGAAACUUCACUGGUGCUAAGCAAGCGUCGUCACAGAGUUGGGUUCCAGGCUGAAGGAUUUAUGCAAAGGAGGGGAAAAUGGGCAAAGCAGGCCCUUCAUCUGACACGAGUCCUAAAGAAGAAAAAAAUCCUUUGCCAAAAUCAACUGUCAGCAAGGACAGGGAUACCGUUUACAGCUUAUAACCUUUGUGAACCCUGCAUUAUUUUCCUAAUGAAAUAGAGACUGUUAAUGACCCCCAGAACCUGAGUGAUGAACCUCCAUGUCUGGAAUUGAACUCAUCCUGAAGUAUGCAAAAUCUUCCUAUUAUGGGGUGGUCCAGCACCAACUCGAGGAUGCAUUGGUUCAGCCCCCAUCCUAUUUCAGAACACACUGUGUAGCCUUUAAGAUUGUUUAUUUGUCAAUCAGUAUAUGGUAUUCCAGUAUGUUAAAGGGUUGCAGGAUAUUUUCAGUUGGCUUUUAUUUUUCAGGGUUUCCCCCACCCCACCCAUCUAAGGUGUGAGUAAUUUUCUCUCUCUCUCUCUCUCUCUGAAAUGCUUUAAUUGUUCCUCAUGAAUAUGGAAUGCAGAAUAAUAUAUGCACAAUGAAAAGCUGAAUCCAUUUUGUCUUGAAAUACCAACAGCACUUGAAUAUUACUGUCUUUAAUAGCACCUACCAACUAAUUGGAUUUAAGAGGUGGUUUAUAAGGGGAUUUAAUGUUUGGUUUUGGUUUUUAUUUUUAUUUUUAUUUGGGUUGAUUAGUUAAUUGGUUGGUUCUGAUCCAGUCCUUACAACCCCAAAAGUAUUUUCCUAAAUUAAAGGUACGUUUUCUUUUCUAUUUUCAGCACCUAGAGGGUGGAUUUUACCUCACAAAAUUAGCCACCACCAUUGCUGCAACCUAACCAGUGUUCAAAAGGUGCAAAGGAGAAGGGCAUUUCAUAACAUUUCGUGAGUCAGGAGCUGACUUGCGGUCAGUCAGAUCCACUUUAGCUUAGUGUGUUAGCUAUCCGUUCUGCCCAAACAACUGCAAUGGAUUUGAGUUUGGGUAUGAAAAUGAGUAAGUAAGCAGCACUGUUUGCCACCUUGCCAAACAAUUUGUCCAUAACCACCUAGAAGGCAACAGCUUGCUUUCAAAUUAUUGUUAUUAUUAUUAUUAAUAAUAAUAAUAAUAACAAAACAAAAAACUAAAUAAAAAAUUACUAUAUUGCAUGAAAACAGAGUUUUAUGUAUAUGCAUCAUCCAGGUCUUGGGUGAUUUAUUACACUGAUAAUUAUUUUUUACAUCCUUUCCUUGACUAUUCUUUCCUUCUUGUGAUGUAUCAUUGAGACUGGGAGGAAAGACUGAGGGAGGGCAGCAAGAAGAGACAGGGAGGGAAAAACCAUACAGGUAGCUUUUCAUAGGAGCGUAGAUUGUAAUUGGAUAAAUUCCACUGAAAAAGUAGUUUUUAUAUAUUUUGCUUAUAUGAGUUUCUUUUGUAAAUUUAUAUAGUAAUAAUGACUGACAGUUAUGGUGCUGUGCAGGUCGUGUUUUGACUACCUUUUAUUGGUAUCUUUUGGGGGAGCGGGGAGGAGAGAAACACAGAGAAAACCCAAUGGUACGUUAAAAAAGUGUUUGUUUUUUAAAGUGGUAUGAAGACACUUUGGCUAGGACAAUGCAUACAAAUUUCUCCAAAGUGAUACAUGAAAAACGUUUUCGGGCGUAAAGACGUAAUGCAUAUAAAUAUAUAAAAAUAUUUUAUUAUGUACAGAAACGGAUCAUUAUGCAUGAAUGUUAGUUAGAAGAACAAACUAGCAUUUUAACCCAAAGUUUCAGUGCAUGAGUUUCCACUGGCACAUGAACCAUGUACUCCGUGGUGUGACUCCCUUCAGCCACCACACAUUAGUGCACGUGCAUAUGUAAGGCACGCAAGCACACACACGUACAUACACACAUCUGUAGGCCCCAUAUUGCUCCUUCUUUUCCAACCCUCUGAGGUAAUGUUGGUGAAAUAACCGCUCCUCGUGUGAUGGAAGUUUUGUUUUGUACUGUAGCCUCCUCAUGAUUGUGCUGCGCUAUUCUAUAGAUGAACAUGUGAACUCCAUCAUGCAGUUCAUAACUGAAUUAUGAAACUCUGUGCUGUCGUGGUUCUAAAUAGGUCAUAGAAUAUAAACUUUCCAAAUACUUAAGAUUUUUUAUCAUUUAAAAAAAUACAGACUAUUUUUUUAAUAAUCAAGGUGGUAUAUUUGUCAAUGGCAGGGUUAAUUUAUCAUAUUUCUUUAAUCAGCGAUAACCAAUGUGUGUGUUUCUUCGCCACAUUGGAAAGGGCUUCCCCGAGAGGAAAACACUAUAAAAUUGUCAUCCGUUCCAGGGGCUUAAGAAAGAUGUCAGUUUAUUUAGAGAGACUCAGUUAUAGGUACCUAUUACCAAAGCUAGUUAAGAAUUUGUUCACAUGCCUUCAAUAUACAAGAGUAUCUGGUACAUCAUUAAAUGUGAAUUCAGCUGAUGAUGAUGUUUUGAGGUGUUUGUUGUUUUCUUCUCUGAUAUAGCAAUGUAUUUGGUGAUUGACAAUUUCUUUUAUUUCUAAGUUUCUGUCUUCUCAACAGGAAGUCUGUGCAUAAAAAAAAUCUGGUACCCACCAAGUUUAUGGUUUCCUCCUUUGACUUCUCCUGUUGAGUUUCCUUUAUCCACUUGAGAGUAUAAUAUUUCAGGGAGCUCAUGUAGAGCAGGAGUGGGCAGAAGGUACCCAGAUGUUUUGGAUUUCAACUCCCAAAAGUCCCUACCAAAAUGGUGAGUGACCAGGAAUUCUGGAAAUUGAAGUCUAAAACAUCUGAAGAUCUAGUUUCUGCCCAACCCUGAUGUAGCGGAACAAGUAGGUUCUCCCAUUGGCAAGUUCUUAAUUUUAUUCCCGUGAUUAAUUUGCAUCAAGCAUAGAAACUACGGGUGCAAAGUUAAACAUGUUUUAACCCAUUGUUUUCAAUGGGAGAGAAUUAAACACCUGCCAUAGACAUCAGUGGGACGUUAAGGCUGCCAUCUGAUGUGUAUUUUUGGGAGUAAACAAAAAGGGGGACUUCCUUGUAAAUAUGCAUAGAAUCAGGUGGUAUACCUGCAAUCCACACCUGCUGGAGAUAACAUGAUUUCCACUGCCUCACACCACGGCUGCUCCCUUAUAAUUUUUGUGGGGGAAAAUACACCCACAUGGUUAGGGGUUGCAUGCAGAAGGUCCCAGGUUCAAUCUCCAGUAAGGCAGAGAAAAACACAUACCUGAAAACGUGGAGAGCCACUACCCCAGUCAGUGUAAACAAGCCAGAGAUGGUCUGACUCUGUUCCCACCUUCCUGAAUUUUCAGUACUUUCUUGGGAGAGCUUUUGGGCGGGGGGGGGGGGGAGGCAUUUCAUCUGUGCAAAGGAUGCAUGAACCAAGGAACCCUUCUGAGUAAACAAACAUCCUAAUCACAAACCAGCUAAGCCAUGGUACUGAGGCUGCAGACUACUUUGCUCCGUUGACUUUGAUAGGAUAACAAUCAGCAAAUAGGACACACACACACACACACACACACACACACUUAGAUUGCAAGGAGUCUGUAUUUCUUUGAAAAGGCUAUUUAUUUAUUUAUUUAUUGUAAAAUUCAGCCACUAAAGGCUUACUGUCAUUACAUUGGACAUGAUCAAGUUGAAUGCAAGCACUUCGCAGCCUGGUUCGGUGCAUGUUUACUCAGAAGAAAGUCUCACUGCUUGUCUAGUGCACUCUGUUCUCAGUCAUAGAAUUGUUAAUCAGAAGGGAGUCUAUGGGACCUGCCAGUGGCUCAGUUUUCUUCCUCCUCUAUAGCUGGACCCCAAAGCUGCACACAACACAUAGUUCCAGAUAUUUGGAUUCAGUCCUCAACUGGGAGCCCAAUCAAGAAACUGCUCUUCAGUCAACCUCCCAGCAUCUGCACUCCAGCUUACAAGCUUAAGUAGCUUAUGGGCUUUCUGUGUCAAUCUUUUACCUGGAGCAUGUCCACAGCAUCCACAAUUAUUUGUCCAACUUGCUUCCCUGAGCCAGUCCCUAUAAUUAUGGUAAUUUAUAUGGACCUAAAAGAGUUAAGUGCUAGAUGAAAGCAAGCACCUGGGAAAUCCUGAGUUAGAUACUGGCCCAGUUCAGAUGUAACACUAACCCAUGGUUUUGUUACAAGAAUGAGCAGCUGUAGCCUCAGCUCACAUUCUCCACACUUCCCUCUCCCUCCAUCCACAAGGGGAGAAGAUUGAAAGCUCCCACUUUCCAUUUUGAAUAAACCAGUUUCCUGGCACAUUUCUAAACUCUAGAAGUUGAUCUAUUCUGACUGCAGUUAGUUAAACCAGGAUCUGAAACCUGGUUUGUCUGAACUAGCCACAGUUAGACGAAACUACAGUUUCCUGAGCUGAGAUGUAACAGGAUCCAAUGGGUUGGGGGUUUGUUUUGGGUUUUUGUACAUUUAUAUCCCACCUUUCAAAUCAAUCUGAAGGUAGUCAUGACUACAAAUAUACAAAAAUGAAAGUGAAAGCUUUCAAUCUCCUCCCUUUGCAUCUGAAAGCGGAGUUGCGGGGAAAGUGCAAGUCCCGGGAUCACUGCCACUCAUUCUCAUAUCACUAAAACCUGGUUUAUUGUUAUCUGAACCAGGCCUUUAUGCCAAAUGGUCUUUCUACAUUCAAAGUCUGAUACAGUUACUGGGAUGCUUUGGCACUUAAUCUAUAUUUUUGGGAUGCAAACUUCAAACCACAGAACUUGAAGUAGUCCUGAAGUAGUUGCGUUGACUCCGCAUAAGUGUUUUAAAUUUCCCAGCCAUCUACCAUCCAACAUGCAAGUACUCCAACCUGUUUAAGCUCCAUUUAAGCAUAUGAGAUGGCAUUCUUGAUCUAUAUAAUACUACAGUACACGUGACAAGACUCAGUUACUCCAAUGGGUCUGUGGACAACUUUUCAGACUUGUUGAAUUAUGUGGGAUUGUAUUUAUACAAUUAGGGUCAAUCCAGUCACCCUAAUUUUUGAAUUAUGAGUCCACUAAAAAUUGAAAUUAUGUCCAUUAAAUAAGGAUUUACCACAGAAGCAUAAGAAAUUCCUUUAACUGUCUAUUGAACAGUUCACAGCAUUCUGUUUUUCAACCACUUCAUAUUUCUUCUUUGAUUUCACGCUAGCUGAAAUAAUUUCUCCAAUAAUAGGUUACCAGGCUACUGCCUAUCAUAUCAAUGUCUUCAAAAACUAAAUGUUGGAACACUUAUCUUUUGGAAUUGGCAUCAUGGCUUGGCGACUAACUUCCAUUCACUAUUUUCCAAACGUUAUGUAUAUCGGAAAUACCAGCAAAUGUGAAGGGGGACCAGAUAUAAUUUAACUUGCUAUACAGAGGGGUGGGGAAUGUAUUGUACAUUAUGGCUUCACGUGUGAAACUUUUUUUUAACCAAAAAAAGUUGCAUGAAUGGACAAAAUAUGUAUACAGUAUCUGUAAAACUGUCUUAUCUGGGUUAUUUCUUUCACUGUCAAACCACAUACUUUGGAAGAAUAUUCCAUCCACUGCCUUAGUGCAUGGCCGUCUUUCCUAAAAGGUGCACAAUUUUUACUUUUCGUAUGAGCUACGUUGCAGUUUCGUUUGAAAGCUGGCACUGUUGGAAACUCAACGGUGGCUUUUGUGAAACCAAAUGCUGACAUGGGUGAAUAUACUACCUUACUACAUAAUGAUUGGAUGUCAGUUUGAUUUGAAAAUCUUCCCCCUUUGCAAAUGAAAUAGCGGUGCAGAGCUUAACUCCACUUGAUGUUAGUAGAUAUUGCCUUGUGUAUCACAUUCUCAAUUGUAAUCUAGUUUGUAAAAGAAAUUGUGACGCAUGUAAAUAAAGCAUAAUGAUCUCUAUGCUGAA